AUGCUGCGGGCCAAGCAGACGCGGUACCCGGUCUUCUUUCUCACGUGCGGCACCGACAUCACCGGCCAAGUGCCGGAUGUCCGAACCGUCUCGCUCGAGACCGCGGUGCCGUUUAGCCGCAUGGAGCAGCUCCAGGGGAUUGUGACCAACUCGCUGCCGCUGUUUACGAAACCCAAGUGGAUCCGCCACAUCCGCAACGACCAGCUGCACCUCUGGACGUGGGGCAACCACAACACGGGCCAUGACAAGGUGCAGUUUCAAAAAAUGCAUGGCGUCUCGGGCGUCAUCUCGGACAACGUCGGCGACCUCACCAAAGUCGACAAGAAGCUCCGCCCGCGCGAUGCCGGCGCCAGCAUGAGCUAAGUGCGAUCGCUCCUUUUGUAUGGCAGCAAGAAACAUCCUUUCGUUUCCUCGU